AUGCCGACUCUCCGCAGCGCCACGGCGAACUCGCCCCCCGCCGCCACCCCGUCCCCUGCCGCCGCGAGCACGCCGCGCAGCGUCAAGCGCCGGCUGACGCCAGGCCGCGCCGGCGAGACGCCGGGCGCGUCGCGGCACACUUCCCCUCACCGAUCCCCGCACGCCGGCGCCGGAACAGUCUGCUCGCCGAAGCUGCUAUCGGCGUCGCCCAAGUCCUCGAGGAAGCGGCUCUACGGCGACCUUGUCGCGGCUGAGAAGCCAAAGUGGAAUCCCCGAGGCAAGCUCAAUUUCCAUUUUAGCCAGCCCAUGCGUUCACUUAGUUGCUUUUUUGGGGGGGGCCUGAUGGCGAAUUUGUCGUGCCACGCAGAUCCCGCGCAGAUGAGGGCUGUCAAGGAGGCGCUGCACGUGGCAACGGUGCCGUCGUGUGAAUUGGUUUGCCGGGACCAUGAGCAGAGGCGCGUGUUUGAGUUCUGUAAGGGGUGCGUCGAGCAGGAGAAGGCUGGGAGCCUGUAUAUCUGCGGGUGUCCCGGCACGGGGAAGACCUUAUCGGUUAACAAGGUCAAGGAGAGCUUAAUGAGUUGGGCUGAUGAGAUGGGAAUGGAGACACCCGACUCGUUAGCAAUCAACUGUACAAACCUGUCAAACACAUCCGAGAUUUUUAGCAAGAUACUGGGACAAUUUCAGAACCGUAAGAAGGGAAGCAACAAACUGUCACCACUUCAGCAACUUCAGAGCAUGUUUUCCAACAAGGAAUCAGCUCCAAGAAGAAUGAUGUUGGUCAUUGUGGAUGAGAUGGACUACUUAAUAACUAGAGACCGGGCUGUGCUACAUGAUCUUUUCAUGCUUACGACUUUCCCAUAUUCUAGAUGCAUACUAAUAGGAAUUGCCAAUGCCAUAGACCUUGCAGAUCGGUUUCUUCCAAAGCUUGAAUCCUUAAAUUGCAAACCUCUUGUUGUAACUUUCCGUGCUUAUUCCAAGGAUCAAAUAUCUGACAUAAUUAAGCAUAGACUAAAGGUUCUUGAGUAUGAUGUUUUUGAACCACUGGCUCUGGAGUUUUGUGCUAGAAAAGUCGCAGCAGCCACUGGUGACAUGAGAAAAGCUCUAGGUGUUUGCAGGAGUGCUGUGGAGGUUCUUGAAGCAGGGCUACAAGAUUCUGAUCAAGAAUUAGGAAUAGUGACGUUCGACCAUAUGGAUAUAGCCUUAUCAAAGGCAUUCAAGUCAGCAGUAGUAGAUAGCAUACUGUGUCUUCCCCAACACCAACAGAUGGUACUGUGUGCAUUGGCAAAUACUUUCCAGCAUUGCAAGAAAAAGGCCACUACUCUAGGGGAGCUCAACAAAUCGUACAUUGGAAUCUGUAGAUCAACCCAAGUCCCAGCAGUUGGAAUGCUUGAAUUUUCUAACAUGUGCAUGGUUUUGAGCGAUCAGGGAUUCAUGAAGCUGGGACAAUCCAAGGAAGAUAAGCUUAGGAGAGUAACACUUCAGAUUGACAUUUCAGAUAUAGGUUUUGCAUUUAAGGGAAAUCGUUUCUUUCAAAAAUGUCUGGAGCAGCCAAGAUGCUAGCUAGACUCAUAGUUACCAACAAUUACCACCUGGAUGCGCAAUGCUCAGGUGACUGACUGAUACAAUCCCAUUAUGCUAGCUCAGUCCUUAAUGUGCUGAAGGAUGCCAGUGAUAGUCAAGCAAGCUGCACCAUCUGUAUUUGGUCAUGCAUUCAGCAAACUGCAGUUUACUGCUCCCUCUUAAUGGAUUACUUGAAUUCAGGGAGCUUCACUCAGUUCAGGCCGCCUUCGAUCUACAGGAUCAAAACUUGGUGAAAUAUGAGAAACUCUUUCUUGGAGUGCGGAGAGAAGUGUACAUGUGAUGAGUUAUGACAGUAAUAUCUGACACAAUUCUUACAAAAGAUAGUUGACUGUAUUUUGAUUUCUCCACUUUUGGUUCUUGCAGAACCGAUUAUAUAGCUAAUCACUAGCAUAGGAACAACAUUUAUUGUCACACUUCUUGCUGAAAAUUGAAACUGAUAAUGAGAAGAUGGGAUUAUGUGAUA